UUUAUGUGUCCGCAAGCGAGCCAAACCACGCCAUAUGGCCAGGCCAGCACAGCUCGUCGGGGAAAGUCGUUGAUCUCCGCCGAUCACGGGUUCCUCUCCAGGGUCCUAAAGGUCCGUCCCGCAUUUUCUCCUCAUCAUCCGUUCUUCAAGCAAAGCACCAAGGUCGACUGCAGAGGCCGCAUUUUGAUCAAUCAUGCGGUCGAUAUUCACCGUUCUGCAGCAGAGGGCAGCUACAUCGUGGCGGUCACAAAUUGCGUCUGUUCGGAGUUCUCGCGCAGUGUUCGAGCUUGAUUCGAUUUGCGCCAGAUGCCGCCGCCAACAGAUUCGUUUCUCCAGCAAUAGGCAGCUUGCGGAUGAUCCUAGAUGGCUGUCUGUAGUUGAUCAUCCUGCGCAGAUUGUACGCACGGGACGCAAACAUGGGCCUGGCCUGAUCAUCCUAGCAUUGAUUCCAGUCACGGCAUUUAUCCUAGGCACCUGGCAGGUUCAGCGGCUCGAUUGGAAGACGAAGUUGAUUGCGAAAUUCGAGGAUCGUCUCGUGAAGCCUCCUCUCCCACUGCCGCCCCGUAUUGAUCCAACCGCCAUCUCCGAGUUUGAUUACCGACGAGUCUACGCUACGGGUCAUUUCAGACACGAUCAGGAGAUGUUGAUCGGGCCGCGCAUGCGCGAAGGCCAGGAAGGCUUCAUCGUGGUCACUCCACUAGAAAGAGGCGAAGGGGAAAGCACGAUCCUUGUGAACAGAGGCUGGAUUUCGAAGAAGAUGAUGAACAAGAAAGACAGAGCCAUCGGGUUACCACAGGGCGAGGUAGUCGUCGAGGGCUUACUGCGAGAGCCGUGGAAGAAGAACAUGUUUACUCCAGACAACAAGCCUGAGGAAGGCAAAUUCUACUUCCCCGAUGUCCAUCAAAUGGCUGAACUGACGGGAAGUCAGCCGGUUUGGAUUGAACAAACUAUGGUGCCGGACAUGGUUGAAUCGAUGGACAGAGAAGCCAAGGGUAUUCCCAUCGGCCGCGCAGCUGAGGUCAACCUGAGAAACAACCACAGCCAGUACAUCUUCACAUGGUACGGCCUGUCGCUGGCAACAUCAAUAAUGUUGUGGAUGGUCAUUCGCAAAAGGCCAAAUGAGGCCACUCGUCGUGUCGUCCAGAAUCGGAACUGGUCGUAAACUCUCGAUGUGUCAUCCCCAUGUGCAUUGUCUGACGGCGUUCGGCUCUGUCCUUUUUUGAGAUCCUCUAGUAUAUAUCCCUGUUCACGGUGGCAUCGCCAAUCUCAUAUCCUGCAGGAGCUCUUUUGGCAAAUGCUUCUGCGCAAGAGAGAAAACGGUAGUGGCAUUGUUGAUGUGCCGUUGUCUAGCAGAUCAGCAUCCUCCUGGUGCCAUAAUCAAGGCAAUCUCACUCACCUUCUCAACAAAGUCGU